AUGGCCGCCGCUACUGACUACGACCCCUACCACUCGACCUCGAGCCCAACCGACACUGUGCAUGACUACGGAAAGGCCAACGUCACCGAUCCCGGCAGCCAGCGACCCAAAUGCUCCAUCAAGCGAACCCGCUCGGCCCUGGACUAUCUCUGGCCGCUCCCCGCCAGCGUCACCGACAAGUACUACGAUGUCAAGUUUGGCUCGCUGCACCUCGAGGUCCACUCGAGCGACGACGACCAGCGCGAUUACGUUGUUCAAGCCUUUGGCCGCUUCAAGCAUUCGUUGGCCGCCAAGAAAUCCGGCAAGAGCUCUCGCCGACUGCCGGUGAUUGUCAACAUUCUCGGAUCGGACUGCGUCGAUGCCUCGUCGCUUCAGGGCAUCGACGAGUCCUAUACCCUCGAUGUCUCUGAUGUCUCGAUCCACAUCAAUGCACAGAACCAAGUUGGUGCUAUAUAUGCCCUCCAAACGCUCUCGCAACUGGUGACAGACAAGGGUUCGCUUGUCGCAGCCAGCAUCACAGACAAGCCUCGCUUCCCUUACCGCGGCUUCAUGCUCGACACAGCCCGCAACUUCUUCCCAGUCGUCGAUAUCAAGCGCAUACUCGACGGACUUGCAUACUCCAAGAUCAAUGUGCUCCACUGGCACAUCUAUGAUUCUCAGUCGUUCCCGAUCAAGUGGGACCGCUACCCCGGUCUGCUGAAUGCUGCCUUCAAGUACGACGAUGGCACUCCAAAGAUCUACACCAAGGACGACAUCCGCAAGAUUAUUGCCUAUGCCUUUGCCCGCAACAUCCGCGUGAUUCCCGAGUUUGAGUUCCCAGGGCACAAUGCUGUGUUCCACUUUGCGGACCCAAGCUUUGUUCUUGCGUAUGCGCACUCGCCGUGGGAUGGCCGCAACGGCUAUCUGAAGAACGACUCCACGACCCAGCUUGUUGGUUGGGGUGCUCAGUAUUGCAACGAGCCGCCGUGUGGCCAACUCGACCCCACCAACUACAAGGCCAUGUGUCUCGUCAACGACUUGGUCAACGAAGUCGGUUCGUGGUUCGAGGAUCCUGUCCUCCACGUUGGUCACGACGAAGUCAAUGGCCGUGUCUAUGGCAAGGUUCCUGACAACUGGGACACGUUUGAUCCCACCGUCUACACUAAUCCGGUCGUUCAAGCCUUCGAGAAGCAGUUUGUUCCCAUACUCGCCAAGGCAAAGAAGCAAUAUGCCGCCUGGGACGAUGCCGCCACCGACUUUGGCAUCGAAAAGAUCAUCCCCUCCAACGCCAUCAUUACCCAAUGGCAGACCGGGCAGGAUGGCACCAACGGCGGCAAGGUCAACGACAUCGCUGCCAAGGGCUUCACCAACAUUGUGGUCUCGCCCUCGUCGCACUACUACUUGGAUUGCUCGCCCUCGGUUGCUUGGUGUAUGAGCAACCCUUUGCCCAACAUCAGCUACAACUUGCCCGGCUACAAGACCCUCACCGGUCAAUGGCACAACUGGACCAUGAUCUACCAGUACGACCCAUUGAGCGGCGUUUUGCCCGCAAACGUCCCCUUCGUCAAGGGCGGCUUUGGCUCGCUUUGGUCCGAGACGAUCAAGCGCCACAACCUCGACCGAUACGUUUUCCCCCGCAUGGCAGCCAUCGCCGAGCGUCUCUGGUCCUACACCAAUGCCGCAUACGACCCUGUGGCGACACCUCGCCGCCUGAACCGCUUCCGCGCCUCGCUGAUCAACGAGCUGGGCAUUGCCUCCGCCGAUCUUGACUAUCUGGGCAAUGGCGAGGGCACGGUGUUCCGCACCGAGCUCUGUGACGGGCCCGGCACUACUGCUGCAUUCCAGAAGACCUCUGAGUGCUGCUUUGCUGGCCAGCCCACAGCUCCAGGCGCCUCUGAGAACUACUGCGAGAUCGCCUGCACCUACAAGACCAACAGCUUUGUCUACACGAUCCCCGCCAACGUGCCAUACGACUACUGA